AUGUUUUGAAGAAGAACAUCAUCGAGUACUCUCGAACCUUGGAUCAAAGGCCUCUUCGUCUGUAAAUCCAUUUAAAGAUUAGAGAUGGAGUUGGAUCCAAAGAAGUUUGCUGCACUAUUGGACAAAAUUGAAGCUGAAGCUGAUGAGUUUCUUCUAGCUCGAAACCAGAUGGUGGAGAAUGACAAGGAGAGGAAUGCAAACCGAGAGGCUCUUACAGCACUUAGGAAGAGAGCUCGGACAACAAAGACUAGUGUUCUUACUCCAUUCGAUUCUAUGAUGAAAGAUAUACAUGUGAGCUCAACGAAACCUUUGGUCCAGGAAGUUUGCUCCACAUGUGGAUCGCAUGACUCUAGUGAACCCACUUGGAUGAUGCUCCCAGGAGCUGAUCUUUUUGCUGCGAUUCCGUUUCAUGCUGUGCAUACAAUGCUUGAGAAAGAUGAAGAGAAAAUGAAGUUUGAAUCAAAGAAAUUGCAGAGCCUAGUGAAGGAGAAAGCUCUGUUUAUAUCGGAACUCAGGGCUCUUGCUGAUAAUAUUUCUCCAGGCGUUAUCAGAUCGUUGGUGGCUUUAAAGGACAAACCUUUAGUUAUGUAGAAGUAGAAACAAUGUUGGUUUGUCACAAAAAGGAUAUUGGUGUCCCUGCUUUAUGAGAACGAAAUUUCAUUGCUUCUUGUAUGUUGUAAAAGUCAUUAUACUUCAUAUUAUUUUAAUUAAAAUCACAAAACUUUA